ACAAUCUCACAAUAUAUAUAACCUUUGCUCCCUAGUUUUGUAGUCUAGAGUCUAGACCUAUAGCUUUGUCAAUUCAGGUUCCUCUUUUAAAACCCUUGUUUUCUCUCUUUCGAAUACUUGAAAACACUUUAUCUCUUCUAAACCUCUUAGCAAAAGCAUCUUUACUUCUCAAAAAUGGAACUAGCUUUGAGCUUAGGCGACACACCAAAACCAUUCUCUUUCUUCCAAAAGUCCUUCGACCAAAAAAGCACUUCCUCAGAUCCACUUAUCCAACUCAACCUUCUUCCUUCAACGCCCGUUCUUCGUCCCCAUCCUUCUCCACCAAAUCUUCGGAUUCCAUGGCUCAAUGAUGCACUCGGAGUUGAACCGGCGAGGAUGUCAGAUGUGAAUCGAUUCCGGUUGGCGGCGUCGGUCGAAGAUAAUACAGACGAAGGAGCUGCAGCUUCAUCCCCGAAUAGCGCGGUUUCAUCUUUUCAGAUGGAUUUCUCUAUCAUGAACGGUAAUGGAAAUGCUGCUGAGGGUGCAACAAGAAAUAGUAGUCGUGAGAGGGGUGCGGAUAGCGAUGACGAAGAAAACGGUUCCACUAGAAAGAAACUCAGACUCAGUAAAGAACAGUCAGCUUUCCUUGAAGAUAGCUUCAAAGAACACACCACUCUCAAUCCAAAACAGAAACUUGCUCUUGCAAAACAGUUAAAUCUUCGUCCACGUCAAGUAGAAGUUUGGUUUCAAAACAGAAGAGCAAGGACAAAGUUAAAGCAAACGGAAGUGGAUUGUGAGUACUUGAAAAAAUGUUGUGAGACACUAACAGAAGAGAAUAGAAGAUUACAAAAGGAACUGCAAGAGUUAAGAGCUUUGAAAACUUCUCAACCAUUCUACAUGCAGCGUCCGGCUACUACUCUCACUAUGUGUCCAUCUUGUGAAAGAGUUGCCACCAACACUACCGGGAGCGGCGCCGGAGCUAAACAAACCGCCUCAAUCACCGCCGGAGGACGCUGUGAACAAUAAUAAUGAAGCCCGGAAUAUUGUCUUUACCUAAUGGACAAGCCCAGAAGUGGCCCACUAGGCCCAUUAGAUUUGUUUUAUGAUAUGAUAGGUCAAUUUUUCGUAUUUUAGGUAUAAUUAAUGAAAGAUAUAUCAAAGAAAGAGGACAGAGAACAUUCAAUUCAAUUUCACGUACUCCUUAUUUUUC